AAACUAUGUUAUUUUAUUUUGGCAGUGCAUAACAAUUCAGCAUAUCAUAUCCCAGAAUUUAGUGGAACUUCUUUGAAGAUGGAAAAUAUUCAUCAACAAAUUAGUACCAUACCUAAUGCAUACACUAUUGGUGCUUCUUCAAUUCAGCCAACCUUACCUAGUGCAUACACUAAUGGUGAAUCUUCACUUCCAUCGAGCAUGCCUGUUGCAAUCAAUAUGGCGGGGCAUGGUGGAAGGAUUGAUGUAUCACCAAACAUGCCAUUGGCUCAGAGCUCUAAUCCGGAUAUUAUACAAGGAAUGAUGAAAUCAGAAGCUAGCCAUGCAGAUGAUCCUCAUUUCAUGUUUGUUGUGGACAGAAAUCUUCAGCAUCCAAAUACGACAAUAGGAGAUGCAUCAGUUUCACGUUUUGCUGGCAUCGAGUCUAAUUCACAGGCAUCGAACAAGAGUUUCCUGGAUCAUGACAUGAAUUCAUUUGGAUUCUUGGGACAGAUAUCCCCAAACUUCAGUUUUUCAGACUUGACAGCUGACUUUUCUAAUAAUACUGAUAUAUUAAGCUAUUCCAAGUCUCCCAUCCUUGGAAUGAAUGCGAACUUUGUGGAUCGUCGUAUUAGGGGAGAACAAGGGAAAUUGCUGGCUAGGAGAGAAGUUACUGUAAAAAGUUCUGUCGAAUUAGGGUGGUUCAAACUAUUUGAAGGUCGUGUUUGGUUGAAACUUUAAUGAUGACGAAUUACAGUACUAGUUUUUUGGACCAACAAGGGAUUAGAUUAUUACAAGCGAAAAUUUGUUAAUGUAUACCAUCCAUAUAUUUUGAUGUAUGUUACCGAAUCAGGAAUUUUGUCAUAGAAGUAAUGCGGUGAUUUCGAAAUUCAUGCUGAUAUUGUUUAUAUGCAUUGGAAUGACAUAUUUACUGUAAUUAUCUGCUAACAUGUUUUACUGAGCUUAGAAGCUAA